AUCAUAAGGUGUAAGUACUAUACACACCCCAACACAAGAAAGGUAGAGUUUAACAGUGAAGAGAAAGAAAAGAAGCAGCAGCAUAAGAAGCUUACCGUUGGUGGUGAGGCUUCGGGAACAACCACACCGUUACCGGUGAUUGUUCUAUCAUUCAUCGACAUUGGGAAUCAAAGACCCGAUUUCAAAUUCAAGUCAUAUUCACUCAAUAAAAAAAAAGGCUAACUUCACUUAUUAUUUCUUCAAAGCUCUCAGUUUUAUUAUAUUCCUUUUUUCCACCGUGACACAGCUUCAGAAGCCAUUCAAAGUUCAGAUCUUUAUCCAUCUUUCAUCUUCCAUUGCAGGGGUGAUACAGAAUCAAUUAAUAUGCGGGAUGUGGAUAGUUUAAAUAGCGAAGGAUCUGGAAAAUCUAGUUACUCACAGGAACAGACUAUGUCCAAGCUAGUUUCCUCGAAAUUCAAAACAAGUAGCACAAAAUGCCAAGAGAAGAAACACAAAGUUAAGUUAAAAUCUCAUAAACACAGAGCUGGUACAAACAAAUCAAAGAAGACAGUUACGGAUUCUUCCAUAAAGGCACCGCUUGAGGAUUCUUCGAAUAAAAAAGUGAUUAUUAGAAAAUAUCGGCAUAAAACCGAUGGGAAAUCUUCGCGGAUGCUGUCUUCAACAAAGCUAGAAGGAGGAAAAAAUUCUCAUAGUUCUGGAAUAGAGGGGAAUGAUGUUGAUGGGGAGGAAAAGAUUAAAAAACAUAAGAGAAGAAAGAAGAAAAGACAAAGGAAUAACAUGGAUGUUGAUGAUGCUUCACGCCUGCGAAGGAGAACAAGGUACCUCUUAAUCAAAAUGAAGCUAGAGCAGAACCUUAUCGAUGCUUACUCUGGAGAAGGUUGGAAAGGUCAAAGUCGGGAGAAGAUUAGGCCAGAAAAGGAGCUACUAAGAGCAAAAAAGCAGAUUUUAAAAUGUAAACUUAAUAUUCGUGAUGCCAUACGCCAGCUGGAUUCUCUUAGUUCUGUGGGUAGCAUUGAAGAUUCUGCCAUUGCUCCAGAUGGAUCUGUUUAUCAUGAAAAUAUAUUCUGUGCCAAUUGCAAACUACAUGAAGCUUUCCCAGAUAAUGAUAUUAUACUCUGUGAUGGCACAUGCAAUCGUGCUUUUCACCAGAGAUGUCUCAAUCCUCCUUUGGAUACUGAAAAUAUUCCUCCUGGAGAUCAAGGCUGGUUUUGCAAGUUUUGUGAAUGUAAGAUAGAAAUACUAGAGGCAACAAAUGCCCAUCUUGGGACUCAAUUCUCCCUAGACAGUACUUGGCAGGAUGUAUUCAAGGAAGAGGCUUCUAUGCCUGAUGGUGACAUUGCAUUGCUAAAUCCAGAAGAAGAAUGGCCAUCAGAUGAUCCUGAAGAUGAUGAUUACAAUCCAGAGAAGAAAGAAGACAGCCACAGCAUCGACAUAGAAGGAGAUGAUGGAAAUGCAUCCAAUGAUUCAACCAGUUCUUCCAGUCUGUGGUCUUUGAAUGGUGAAUGUCCUCCAGUAGAUGAAGGCGUCAGUCAUGAAUACUAUUCUGUUAAUAGCUGCAUAGAUUCUAAUGAAUCUGGGGAAAUAGCAUGUGGCCCUAGGCAGCGUAAAGCUGUUGACUACAAGAAACUCUAUGAUGAAAUGUUUGGGAAGGAUGCUCCACCUUGUGAACAAGUGAGUGAAGAUGAAGAUUGGGGUCCUGGCAAAAGAAAGAGAAGAGAAAAGGAGUCUGAUGCUGUCAAUACUCUUAUGACUCUGCAUGAAAGUGAGAAUAAACAUUCCAAUAAUGAGAAAAAUGAUACAACAAGAGAGGGCUCUUCAGGCAUACAAAUAAGAAGAUCUUGUUUCAGGAUUCCGGUUGAUGCCGUUGAGAAACUUCGCCAAGCUUUUGCAGAGAAUGAGCUUCCUCCAAGAUCUGUGAAGGACAGUCUUUCGAAAGAGUUGGGACUAGAUCCUGAAAAGGUUAGCAAAUGGUUCAAAAAUGCUCGUUACUUAGCACUUAAAACCAGAAGGUAUCAAUCAGAAGGAGAACAGCUUCAGAGUUUCACUUCUAAGAUCUCAACGGACUCUAUAUCUCAAAUUGUGGAGAAAGAUGAGCUUUUGAAAUCAACGGUCUCCAAAAUUACUGUGAUUCAUUCCCAGAAGGAUGGUAAAAACAUCACAGGCAAAGAGAAAAAUAACUUAUCUGACAGUCUUUUGAAGAAAAGGCAACAACAAGAAAUACCUCCACCUUUGGAAAGAGAAAAUGGCAACAAGGAUUCUAUGGAGGUCAGCAAUGAUGUUAAGUUGAAGAAAAUGCUGAAAAAAAGGAAAAGAGGGGUAAAUAUUAUAUUUGAAGGAGAUUCUCAGGCAGCAGAGUUGGAAUUUGAAAGACUCAGCAAAGUGAAGAGGAAACUAGAUAGCAUGAAGCAGAAAUUAAAUGAAGUUCAAAAUUGCAGAGCAAAGGGUUCAAAUGAACCCUCUAUUAUAUAUGUACCCACAGCCCAAUUAAGGGAAAAGGUUGAAAAAUAAUUAUAUUUUUUUAUUACAUUUUUGCACAGCAGAGUAAUACAUAAUAUAUGUUGUAAGUUUGAUGUACCUACCUUACAUUAUAAAUAAAAAUGCUACAAUCUUUUUUUUAAAGUUAAUAAUAUUAGUAUAUGUCCGUUGCUAGAUGCUCUUGGCAGAGCAAUGAGCAAUUAAAUAGAAA